AUGGAUGAGGAAACAUAAACGUAAACAAGUCCAAAUUUUAGAACACUUACAAAUGUUUACGAUGCUUUGCUUGAAGAUUUAAUAACUCCAUCUGAUAUUUUGAGUAAAAACCAGAGCAAUAAAUUCAAUAGAAUGUAGAACAACAUAAUUGAUUUAAAGAGAAUCCUUAAUGAAAACAAUUAAGAGUGA